UUGUUUUGGCUGAUGCACACUCCCCCUGCGGAAGUCGUAUGCUACCAUUCUCGAAGUAUACACUCUCAGCGGCCACAGCCAAAGAAUAUCGUUUGAAAUUAUUUAUCUCGGGGUCUUUGGGCAGGGGGCACGCAGGUUUGGGACACCACAGUCGCUAGUGAUGAAACUCAAAGAGUUAGAGAGUUGCCUACAGCAAGUGGACUCAUUCGAAGAGCCAAAAAUCCUUCUUGAGCAAUAUCCAACCAGUCCUCAUAUUGCAGCAUGCAUGCUUUACACAAUCCAGAGUACAUUUGAUGACAUCGAGGGUAAACUAGUGGCAGAUCUGGGAUGUGGCUGUGGCGUCCUCAGCAUCGGGGCUGCGAUGCUUGAUGCAGGAUUGUGCGUUGGUUUUGACAUCGACGACGACGCACUGGACAUUUUCACAAGAAAUGCAGAGGAAUUUGAGAUUUCCAACGUCGAUCUGGUCCAGUGCGACCUAUGUUCCUUGGAGCCAGAUGCUUAUUCCAAAAAGUUUGACACUGUGAUAAUGAAUCCACCAUUUGGGACAAAACACAACCAAGGAAUGGACAUGAAGUUCCUGAAGGCCGCUUUAACAAUGGCAAAGACAGCAGUGUACUCACUUCAUAAAACAUCAACACGCGAGCACAUACAAAAGAAGGCUAAUGACUGGGGAGUAAAGAUGGAAGUAAUAGCAGAACUAAGAUACGACUUGCCAGCAUCUUACAAGUUCCACAAAAAGAAAUCGGUUGACAUCCAGGUGGACUUCUUAAGAUUCUCCAAAGCCUGAAGCUUUCACUGGAAUGAAUUAAAGUUGUCUCUGUAUUUUCACUGUUUAUAAUAAAUUUUUUUCACAAAAGGAAAA